AUGAGUUUCAAUCUAGACGUGCUUUUCUUUGAGCCUGCUGACUUGGGCCUGGACAACCCGAUGGCCGAUCCAUACAAGCAUGAAAUUUCUGAAGUCAAACAUGGAGAACCACUGUGUGUGUCAGAUAUAAACGAUGAGGAGUUGGAAGAAGGAGAGAGCGAGCAGAGGCGACUUCGAUCCGUCAUCGCACAUCUCAGUCAACAGUGCGAUUAUUGGAUAGCGCAAGCUGAAGAACAUGACAGGACCAUUGCAGACCUGGAACAGAGGACAUCCAUGGAUACAGCCCAUGCGGAACUUCCUCGCGACAUCCUGCGCCGCAUUAAUCGCCUGGAAAGCGAAAUGGUACGCCUGCGUGCAGAGAACGCUCAACUGAAGGAGACGCACAAGACUACUGAGCGCGAGAAUAUCCUCCUUGGCAUUCAAAACGAGAGCAAGGCCAACAAACUCAAGGGUGCAAACACAAAGGUUAAGAAUGCUAAGCAAGUUGCUAAAGUGAUGGAAGCCAAACAACGCCAUCUUGCAUCCCAACGCAAAAUGAAGGAACGCGAUGAUGCUCUGGCUGCGACGCAGGAACAGAGGAAACUGAACGAAGAUCUUCGCGCAGAGCUUGUAACAGAGCAGUCUGGUGUUCCACACAUGCGCGAUACUUCUGUUGCUCCGAAUGAUACUGUAGUUGUGGCCCCGAUUGAAUUUGAGGUUCGCCGUGUCGACGUUCAGUGCAUUAUGGUAGAGUUAGGCCAGCGCCAGAUGGACUGGACUGUGGGUAUUGAGGAAUGGUACAAAGAAUGGAAUAUGAGGAUGUACGAGGAUAUGCUCAACAGACUAAAUGGUUAUGUCGAGAGAGCGGCGGAGAAUGGCGGUCAGGCCUGUAGGCGUGCUUGCGAGGCUCCCUGUCGUUUUACUAAAUCAUGUCAUGAUGAAGAGGUGUAUGCACAUGUAGGGCCAUGGAGAAGCGCCGAGUAGUAGUUCACAGCUUUUAGAUGAUGGUG